AUGGAUUUCCCAGUUUCCAACGAGCAGUUUAACGAGAAUGAGGGUAUACAGGAGCCACGCUACGACGAGAACGGGGUUCUGCGCGGCGGGCCAGCCAAUUACUUUGGACAAGCAAGCGGUGGUGUAGCGGACCCCGACCGGUACGAGGGCAACUUUGACGCAGCCACCGGUGAGCCUCUCCCGCAUAUGCGCCGACGCCCCGACGGCAUCAUCGGGCCAGCACUUAUGCUCGUGGAUACUGAUCUGCAGACAGCCACGUGGCGCGGCAGUGUCCUUGUGCUUACACCACGCAGCUACCCGCCGCCGACAGUCACGCUGAACGACGGCAUUGCGCCAUCGAUGCCAUUCCUUGGCGUGCUCCUGGACACCUAUAAGAUGACAGCCUUCUACCGUAUUGAUAUUGAGGUGCGGUUGGAUGUUAAUAGGGAGAAGGCGGUGGAGUAUAAGGUGAAUAAUACGGGACCAGUGUAUCGGUUCUUUGUGCCCGGGCAGACGACGCCGUGGCGGUUUGCCUUCUGGUCGUGCAACGGGUGGUCCCUAUCGGUAUCGGACAAGGAUAAGCAGGAGCUGGGGGGCGACAACGUUGUCUGGGAUGAUCUCCUGGCAAAGCAUAGUAUGGUGCCGUUCCACGCACAGGUGUGCGGCGGCGACCAGCUGUAUGCGGACAAGAUCUGGCAGUCGAACAUCUGGAAACCCUGGCUGGCCAUCAAGGACAAGUACGUCCGGCGGGACGCCGAGUUUACGCGCGAAAUGGCGGCGUAUGCGGAUGACUUUUACUUCACACACUAUGCAAAGUGUUUCUUCUCGAGCAAGUUUGGCGAGUCCAUGACGACGAUUCCGAUUUCGACGAUUGUCGAUGAUCACGAUGUCUGGGAUGGUAUUGGCUCGUAUCCGGACUACCUUCAGAACUCGCAGGUGUUUGUGCAACUCAAAGAGUAUGCGUUCAAGUACUGGCGGCUGUACCAGGGGCAUACAAACCAGCAGCUAUCUAGACAACAUGGGUAUUUUGGGGAGCGUGGGUACUGCUGGCUCAAGCAAUUUGGCCCGUACACGGCGGCAUUGGGGCCGGACACGCGGUACGAGCUAAAGCAUCUAGUGGUGUUCCUGGGAGUGCCCAUCGUGUAUCCGCGGCUGACGUACAUUGAGAAGACAUUGGCGGGGAUCAAGAGCAUGGGGUUGACCAAGCUGAGCUUCCUGGCAAAGCAAAAAUCCAUCGUAAACAUCUGGGGCGAGCCCGAACUCUCAGACGACAUGAACGAUCAUUGGACAUCCGAGGUACAUAUGGAGGAGCGCAAGCAAUUUGUCCUACGUCUACAGGAAUUCGCAAGACAGCGAAAUGUACGGGUUACUUUUGUCGGUGGUGAUGUGCAUUGCUGUGGUGCUGGAAGGUUUGCGUCGUCGAAUCCCCAGCUGCCGCCGGAGCGCGAUUAUAGGUUUAUGCCACAGAUUAUUUCCUCGGCUAUUAUGAAUCUAGAUAGGAACACGGAUGAGAUGAUGUAUAGGUUGUUCGAGCAGGACGUCAAUGGAAAGGCGCCGCCGAAUAAUAAUACAAAGUUGCUGGCGAGGCGCAACUUUUCGUCAUAUGUGGAGAACCUCAGUAACCACUCGAUGAUUGUCAAUAUUCACGUGCAGAACGAGACUAAUGUCGGUACCAGGGCAUACCCGAUCAAUGUACCAGCAUUGGAUCCGACAAACAACAUUGUUUAA